ACAAAAACUUGUACUCCACUGAACAAACAUCAACCACCAACAACAGUGCUAAGGUCAUGGCGACGUUUAUCCUAUGCCUCACUUUGAUCGCCUUCACCUUUGCCAUCAUCUUCUACCUUCUCAAUCCAAAAUCCAAAACCAAUCUCCCACCAGGCCCAAAACCGCUCCCUAUCGUCGGCAACCUCUUCAUCCUCGGCGACAAGCCUCACCGUUCUCUAGCUCAGCUAGCCAAAUCCUACGGCCCAAUCAUCUCUCUCAAGCUUGGCCAAGUCACGACCAUCGUGGUCUCCUCCCCCGACCUCGCUCGCGAAGUCCUAGUCAAAAAGGACCAAUCCUUCUGUUCUCGGUCCAUACCCGACGCCGUACGAAUCGUCGGCCACUAUGACGGAUCUCCAGUUUGGUUGCCAGCAAACCAAAAAUGGAAGAAUCUCCGAAUAAUUUGCAGAAGUCAGUUGUUUACUUCACAAAGGCUGGAUUCCAACAUUGCCCUCAGGCACAAAAAAGUGCGGGAGUUGGUCGAGUAUUUGAGGGAACGUGGCGAGGCAAAAGAAGCGGUGGACAUUGGUCGAGUUGUGUUCACGGCGGUGAUGAACUCGUUGACGAAUACCCUGUUCUCGAUCGACAUGGUUGAUCCUCGGUCGGACUCUGCGCAGGAGUUUCGGGAUUUGGUGUGGGGGAUUAUGGAAGUAGUCGGGAGUGCGAACGUUUCGGACUUUUUCCCGUUGGUGAGGGAGUUGGAUUUGCAAGGGAAGAGGAGGAGGACUGAGGGGUAUUUUAGGAAGUUGCAUAGGAUCUUUGAUGAGCUCAUAGAUCGGAAGUUGAAGGAGAUUGAACUUGGAAAUGAGACUGAUAAGGACUUUUUGGAUGCCCUGCUCAAUGGUCAGAACAAGCUCGAU